AAAAACAAAAAUCUGAGUAGGGCUUGUAGAAGGGUAUCUUACAAAACAAGUCUCUUUGUAGUAAAAGUUUGUUUGAUUCAUAAAAUAUUCUUAUCCUCGAAGCUUGCGAUCCAACAAUUGGAAAUGGAAUGCAACAAGGAAGAAGCGAAAAGGGCAAUGGAUAUCGCAGAGAGGAAGAUUGCUGAAAAGGACUACAAUGGAGCGAAAAUGUUUGCUAACAAGGCACAAGACUUGUAUCCUGACUUGGAUGGUCUGAAACAGUUGUUGAUGACUGUUGAUGUUUAUAUCUCUGGAGAGAAACAAAUCAAUGGAGAAUCUGAUUGGUAUGGUAUCCUUGGUGUUGAUCCUUCGGCUAAUGAUGAAGAAGUGAAAAAACAGUACCGGAAAUUAGCUCUUAUGCUCCAUCCUGAUAAAAACAAAUGCAAAGGAGCAGAAGGUGCGUUUAAACUGCUCUCUGAAGCUUGGAGUAUACUAUCUGACCAGGUUAGGAGAUUCACAUAUAACAUUAAGAGGCAGGUUGUUAAAGAUGCUCCACAAAGAUUCACCACAACAACACUGAGUGUGAUUCCAACUCGCCCACCAAACCCUAACGUGUUUCAAAAUGUAAAAGAGUCUAUGGUUUCAAGUGCUAAGCCCUCUGCUCGUAUGGAUAGAUCCUGCAUGGAUUCGCCUGCUUCGGUUCAGAAGGAGAGUAGUACGUUUUGGAAAAUGUGCAACAGGUGCAAGAUGCAAUAUGAGUACAAGAGGGUUUAUCUUAACAAGAACUUGCUUUGUCCAAACUGUCGUGAGGGUUUCAUUGCAGCUGAAAAAACUCCGCCUGAACAAGAUGGAGUGAAAAGAGGGUUUGGGGUGUCACAAGAAAGGGAUGCUUCUAGAGGAUUCACAAACUCUGAUCUGAGGAAUCAUAAAAAGCCGAAGACAGAUGAUUCCCAUAUGUUUGGUCCAUCUUCAGGCAAGAGUUCGAAUGAAACAAGUUUUAGCAUUCCUUCUAAUCCUGCCAAAGGAAAUCUUGAAAUGCCAAACAUCAUAGGCUCUCGUCGUGCUACUCAUAUACCAGCAAUAACAAUAGCGCUUAUGAACAAGGCUCAGGAAGCUAUAUUUAAGAGACUUCCGAAGAUGAUCUCUGUAAUGGCAGAGGACGUGAAAGCAGUUGAAAAAGAGAGGAAAAGCAUGAAAGCGACGAGCAAGAUGACUAGCAAGGUGAAUGAGGUUGAAAAGAAGACUGGGCCAGUCGAUGUGAGAAAGAUUCCAAAGGAAGAAAUGUUUAGGUUCUCUCACCAAGUGCCUCACUACAUUCUCACAGGGGAAGAAGCUGAUAACAUACCAGCAGGUUGUCUAGAACCAGACCUGGCUGCAACUCCUUGUGAAUUACUUUCAGAGAAGGCUGAGGCGAAAGAUUCAUCUCAAAAAGACAUUGACAAAAGUGAGAAAAGCUCAACUCCAAAGGAAGAAGUGGGUAUGAAUAUGGAUUAGGGAGGGUGUGAAGCUAGUAGCAAUCAGUACAGUGUACAAUGGAGGAAGAAACAUAUCAUCCAUGUCAUAUGGCAUCAUUAGGGCACAGUACUAAUCAAGUCUGGUUUGUCUUUCCUUUUUUCUUUCUUUUGUUGGUUCUAUGGCUGACCCAAAUAUUUGAACUCUAUUACCUUUUCAUUGUUUUUGGCAUAAGAAACUAUUUAUACCGGAGAUAUUGGCCGA